UGAUCUAACUGAAAUCAUCAGCGUUUUCAGCGCACAAACAUAACCUCAAAAUGUCUGACGAUGAAGAUGUAAUUUUAGUGAAGCGAAGUAAACAGGUCCACUAUGGAUCACUGGAAGAGCAGGAAAAGGCGCGGCUUGCAGCCCUGGCUGCCGCGGCCAAGGAAGGCGUGGAAGAUACAGGAGGAAAAGACUUGGGAGACAUCCAGGUUGCGAAUGAAUACAUGGAUCUGGAGGACGAGAUGUCUAAAGACAAGAAGGCUUUGCUGGAGGAGUUUGAGCGCAGACGGAAGGCGCGCCAGCUGAACGUGUCCACGGAUGAUGAUGAGGUGCGCAGGAGUCUCCGUCAGUUGGGAGAGCCGGUGUGCCUGUUCGGCGAGGGGCCCGCCGAGCGGCGCGUGCGCCUCCGCGAUCUGCUUAGCUACCUGGGCGAAGACGCGAUCCACAAGAAGUUAGAAGAGGAGGAAGCUAGGAUAGAGCGAGACAGAGGACGCGAAGGGACCUGGUACCACGAGGGUCCUAAAGAGUUACGGGAAGCUAGACUCUGGAUCGCUAAAUACUCGCUGCCGAGAGCAAAAGCAAGGUUGAACCGGGCCCGGGCGGAGCUGCGGCUGGCGGGCAGCGUGCGCGCGGCCGGCAAGCAGGACGCGCAGCGCCGCGCCGCCGCCGUCGCCAUCUACUGCAGCCAGGUCGGCGAUACGCGACCCAUAAGCUUUUGCCGGUUCAGCUCGGACAGUCAGAUGUUAAUAACGUCUAGUUGGUCAGGCCUCGUCAAGGUGUGGUCGGUGCCCGAGUGCCAAGAACUCCAGGUCCUGAAGGGUCACACCUGCAACGUGAGCGGCGCCACUUUCCACCCUGCAGCCGCCAUGCCACAACAUUUCAAGGACAAGUUAAAAAUAAAGUCAGACCCUGAGAGUGAGCCCAUGGAGACAGGUGGCUCGAGCGAGGAGAAAUCUGAAGUGUGCAGUAUGGCGUCCUGCGCUUACGACGGAACCGUCCACUUAUGGAACUUUAGCAGCGACUCGCCUAUGGCGUCUCUGCCUGGCCACAGUCCGCACCGCGUCUCCAGAGUGGAGUUCCACCCUUCGGGCAGGAUGCUGGCGGCGGCAGUCUUCGACAGCAGCUGGAGGCUGUGGGACCUGGAAACAGCGACGGAGGUUCUACAUCAAGAAGGUCACGCCAAAGAGGUCUACAGCGUCGCCUUCCAGUGUGACGGGUCCCUCGCGGUCACCGGUGGCAUGGACGCAUUCGGCCGCGUGUGGGACUUGCGCACGGGACGUUGUGUCAUGUUCCUGGAGGGUCAUUUAGGCCCCGUAUUAGGGGUCGACUGGUCCCCGUGCGGGUACACACUCGCUACUGCCGCGCAAGAUCAUCAGGCGAAAAUUUGGGACCUUAGGAAGAGAUCCUGCGUGUACACUAUAGCGGCACACACACAUCUGCUAAGCGACGUGCGAUACCAAAAGAGCCACGGUCACUUCCUGAUGACGACGUCUUAUGACAAGAGUGCCAAGCUGUGGUCCAACCCGGCCUGGCAUCCCCUCCGCACGCUAGCUGGACACGACAACAAGGUGAUGUCGGGCGAUAUAUCGUACGACAACAAGUAUAUGGCGACGUGUUCGUACGACAGGACCUUCAAGCUCUGGUCGCCAGACCUCGCGUGA